AUGCGUCUGUUUCAUGCUGUAAGCGCCGUGCAGCUACUGGCUGCCGGCCUCGUGGCUACUGCUCCCCUCGACUCGGCCUCCACUCCGGUCAUCGAUAUCGACCCAACAGUUGAUCCUCUUGAGGCUCUCGCCCAACUGCAGCAGCAUGCUUAUGACACGCUUGAACAGAGCGAUGUUGUCUCAAAAAGGGCUCCGAAGGGCUGCUCAUUGGCUACCGCAACCAUACGGAAAGACUGGGAUUACAUGAGCAAGCCGGAUCGGAAAGCAUACAUCAAGGCUGUACAGUGUCUUCGAACACUGCCAUCCAAAUCCGACAAGUCAUGGGCCCCAGCAGCGAAGACUCGUUUCGACGAUUUCGUCGCCAUCCAUGUGAACCAGACCAUGUACAUCCAUGGUAACGGUCUCUUCCUCACAUGGCAUCGCUACUUCGUAUGGGCAUACGAGCAAGCCCUGCGAAAUGAAUGCGGCUACAAAGGCUACCAACCUUACUGGAACUGGUUCGCCAACACCGACAACAUCUACAAAUCCCCCGUCUUCGAUGGUAGCGACACCAGCAUGGGUGGCGACGGCGAAUUCUUCGCACACAACGGCAGUCUCGCAGGCGCUCGCACCAUCGUCAUCCCCUCAGGCAAAGGCGGAGGCUGCGUCAAGAGCGGCCCCUUCAAGAAUACGCAAGCAAACAUCGGCCCCAUCUCCCCGGGCAUGCAAGGCUUUACAGACCUCGCCCUCGACACAACAGACUUCAACCCCCGCUGUCUCCGCCGCGACAUCUCCCCUUACAUCCCGCAGAAAUGGUUCACAACCGCCAACCUACUGAACGUCACCAUCGGCCCCGGCUCCCGCACGCACCGCCUCUUCUGGACCGAAAUCCAAGGCCGCUACCCCGACGGCUUCCUCGGGCUGCACACAUCGGGCCACUAUACGAUGGGCGGCGACGCGACGGAUUUGUACAGCUCGGUUAACGAUCCUGCGUUUUGGCUGCAUCAUGCGAUGCUGGAUCGCAUUUAUUGGAUUUGGCAGGUGUUGCAUCCGAAGGAGGCCGGGAAGGUCGCGGGGACUUUGACGUUGCAGAAUAGGCCGCCGACGAGGGAUGCGAUGGUGGAGGAGCCGCUGGAGAUGGGGGUUAAUGGGAAGACGGUCAAGAUUAAGGACGUUUUGGAUACGAUGGGGGGAAGUCCUUUGUGCUAUGUGUAUGUGUGAGGACUUUGACGGAGUUGAUAGCCUAGAGGGAACGAAUGGCUGUUCUUGUUGAUAGUUCUACGCUGGCUUUGUGUGAGAUGUAUAGUGAACAUCGCGGAUACGCUAGAUGCAAAAGGAUAAAAACAUCACGCUUCAUG